AAAACUCUACCUUUAGUCCUAUUCCUUUCACCUCUCUUUCUCUCUUUUUCUCUACUUUCAAUCAUAAUUAUUGUUUUUUAUUUUAAAAAUUUUCUUCCUCUUUUAUAAUGAUCAUCAACUGAUCAUCAACCUAUAUUAUUAUUCAACCAAAAAGAAGAGGAAAAAUAAGAAACAAGAAGAAGAAGAAUAUGUCCGGUGAAGGAGUGGUAGGAGAUCGCUCCAGCAAAGAAUAUGGAGAAGGAUCGUCGAACUCACCACCAACGGCGGCUACAACCCCAAGUCGUUACGAGUCACAAAAACGGCGAGAUUGGAACACGUUUGGGCAAUACUUGAAGAAUCAAAGGCCGCCAGUGGCACUAUCUCAAUGCAACUUCAACCAUGUAUUGGAGUUUUUAAGGUACUUGGAUCAAUUUGGGAAGACAAAAGUUCAUGUACAAGGUUGUAUGUUUUACGGUCAGCCAGAACCACCUGCCCCUUGUACCUGCCCGUUAAAACAAGCUUGGGGUAGCCUUGAUGCUUUAAUAGGGAGAUUAAGGGCGGCUUAUGAAGAAAACGGUGGUUCCCCUGAAACUAAUCCUUUUGCAAGUGCUUCUAUAAGGGUUUAUUUAAGAGAAGUUAGAGAAUGUCAAGCUAAAGCAAGAGGAAUUCCUUAUAAGAAGAAGAAGAAGAAGAAGAGCAAUAAACAACAACAACCAACAAAUAAUAAUAAUACCAAUAAUCUUCUUAUUGAUGAUUCUACUACUACUAAUAAUAUUUCCUCUUCUUCUUCUUCCUCCAUUAUGCACUUCUCAACUCCUUGAACAACUUCAUCACUACUUCAAUUUUAUGAUAUCUUCAUCAAUUUCUUCCCCAUCAUCACAUCGAUAUUAUGGACAAAACAUUUGGAGCAAAAGAACCAAAGAGAACUUAAUGAAAUAUAUUCAAAAGCAGAAAUGUAUUGAAAAGGUUGACUUUGAAGUUGUUUUUCCCCUUUCCCCCUUCCUUUUUUUGUUUUUCUUCCUCUCUGCAAUAUCACAUUUGGGAAAUCUAUAUAUUAAGUUUGUGUACACAACUGCUACAUACAGCCAUAUGCAUGUCCCCUUAUUACA